AUGGGUGUUUGGCUGAUUCUGGUCUCACUUGUUGGGAUUCUCUUAUCUCCUAAACAUUGUGUUUCACAAAAAGACACAGGUAGGAAAUAUACGUUUAUGCAGAAUGCAACAUCAGCUGGAAGAAUCUCCUACUACGACUACAUCGUAAUUGGUGGCGGCACGGCGGGGUGUCCCUUAGCGGCGACACUGUCGGAAAAUCACAAAGUUCUUUUGCUUGAACGUGGUGGGUCACCUUAUGGAAACCCCAACAUCAGCAAUUUAGCUGCUUUUGGUGUUGCACUCUCCGACACCUCACCUUCUUCUCCGGCUCAGCGCUUCAUCUCCGAAGACGGCGUAAUCAACUCAAGAGCUCGCGUCCUUGGCGGCGGAACCUGUUUGAACGCUGGCUUCUACACUCGCGCAAGCCCUCACUACGUAAGAGAAGCUGGUUGGGAGGAAAGGUUAGUGAAUGAGUCGUAUGAAUGGGUGGAGCGAGUGGUGGCAUUUGAGCCCAUUAUGCGGCAGUGGCAAUCAGCUGUGAGGGAUGGAUUGUUGGAAGUAGGGAUUGUGCCUUACAAUGGUUUCACUUUCGACCAUGUUUAUGGGACUAAGGUUGGAGGCUCCAUCUUUGACCAGAAUGGCCAAAGGCACACUGCCGCUGAUCUCUUGGAUUAUGCUGACCCCACUGGAAUUACUGUACUUUUGCAUGCCACCGUCCACAAAAUCUUGUUUAAAAAGAAAGGUGGAUCAAGGGCAGUGGCGAAUGGAGUAAUAUAUAGGGAUGCAUUGGGGGCAGAACACAGGGCAUAUCUGAAUGAGGCGCCCAAGAAUGAGAUAAUAGUGUCAGCGGGUGCAUUGGGAAGCCCACAGCUUCUAAUGUUGAGUGGGAUUGGGCCUGCACAUGAACUUGAGGAACAUAAGAUAAAAGUGGUGUUGGAGCAGCCCAUGGUAGGACAGGGAAUGUCGGAUAAUCCAAUGAACGCAAUCUUUGUCCCGUCUCCAAUCCCCGCAGAGGUCUCUCUCAUUGAGGUUGUUGCCAUUACCCACUUUGGCAGCUAUAUUGAAGCUGCCAGCGGCCAAAACUUUGCUGGUGGCUCUCCACGAGAUUACGGAAUGUUUUCCCCAAAGGUUGGUCAAUUCUCGAAGUUGCCUCCGAAGCAGAGAACUCCAGAAGCCUUGGCAAAGGCAAUAGACUCGAUGGAGAGGCUACAGGAGGCAGCGUUCAGGGGCGGGUUCAUCCUUGAGAAAAUAAUGGGCCCAAUUUCAACGGGGCAUCUUGAGCUACAAAGCAGUGAUCCAAAUGAGAACCCAUCAGUGACCUUCAACUACUUCAAAGACCCCAGAGACUUGGAGAGAUGCGUCCAAGGCAUUCGAACCAUCGAGAAGGUAAUCGAAUCCAAGGCUUUUGCUCCAUUCAGAUACAAGAACAUGCCAGUGUCCUUGCUACUCAACAUGACCGCAAGUUCCCCCGUUAAUUUGUUGCCCAAACACACCAACACUUCAACGUCUUUGGAACAGUUCUGUAAGGACACUGUGAUGACUAUAUGGCAUUACCAUGGGGGUUGCCAAGUUCGGAGAGUUGUUGAUACUGAUUAUAAGGUUCUCGGCGUCGACGCUCUCCGCAUUAUCGAUGGUUCUACCUUUAAUUAUUCUCCAGGAACUAAUCCCCAAGCCACUCUUAUGAUGCUUGGAAGGUAUAUGGGAGUCAAAAUUUUGAGAGAGAGACUUGCCGGCGACCAAACCGAGUAA